AUGGCGUGUGGAGCCACCCUGAAGAGGACCAUGGAAUUUGAUCCACUGAUGAGUCCUACAUCCCCUAAACGACGAAGAUGCAUCCCCGUGGCCCCAUCGUCUUCAUCCCCUAGGAAGUAUCUAAGGCUGGAGCCCUCGCCAUUUGGGGAGUCGUCCUCAAGACUUAGUGCAGAACAAAUUCUCAAUAACAUCAAACAAGAGUACAAACGCAUUCAAAAGAGGAAGCAUCUAGAUGGAGGCUACCAACAGUCAGAAUGCAGCUAUUCUCCAGAGUCCCCAUCCCAGUCCUCCACUAUGAACAUUUCCAGCAUGGCAGGGACGUGCUCAGGAGGUGUUUCUCCAACUAGAAAAGAACAGCCAUUAUUCACUCUCAGACAAGUCGGAAUGAUCUGCGAACGCCUGCUGAAAGAAAGGGAAGAGAAGGUGCGUGAGGAAUACGAAGAGACCAUGACUUCAAAAUUGGCAGAGCAAUAUGACACCUUUGUCAAGUUUACACAUGAUCAGCUAAUGCGACGAUUUGGGGAGCAGCCUGCAAGCUGUGAGUUUUUAGAUUUGAUUUUCCACAUUCCUGUGUCCCUGGCACAUUGUCAGAGAGAAAGUCUGCCUUUGAAGUUUAAACUAACAAGUCUGGUUUCUGUACUCUAUUUCAUCUCCCGUUUCUCCAGAUGUUUCCUGAGUGUGGCCCAGAACCUUUGCAAGACAGCCUUCUCUUUCUGCAAGCUAUCAUGUGAUAUUUCAGCAAAGAAAAAAACGUUCGCCAUCUUAAGAGAUUCAGUUUAG